AUGGAAGAGGUCCAUUCGGCUCUGCUGAGUAUGCCCUCUUAUAAGGCACCGGGCCCUGAUGGCUUUCAAGCCUUUUUCUAUAAAAUGUAUUGGGAUCAGAUUGGUAGUGAAAUUUGGAAGUUGGUUCGUGAUGCUUUUGUUACAGGUUCUUUCGACCCACAAAUUUCAAAUAUUUUGGUCACACUUAUUCCUAAGUGUGAGGAUCCUAAAAGGCUCAAAGAUUUUCGACCCAUUAGCUUAUGUAAUGUAAUUCAUAAACUCAUCUCUAAAGUUCUUGUUAUUCGUUUGCGCCCUUGGUUGAAUGAGCUAGUGAGCCCUUUGCAAACUAGUUUUAUUUCAGGACGGAGCCCCGUGGAUAAUGCUAUAGUUCUACAGGAGAUAAUUCAUUCAAUGAAGAAGUUGAGGAAAAUGAAGGGCAAUGUGGUGUAUAAGCUUGAUAUUGAGAAGGCAUAUGACAAAGUGGAAUGGAGUUUCAUGGAACAAGUACUUAAUGAAUUUGGCUUUCCUCCGAAUAUUGUCCGGUUAGUGAUGCAUAGCCUUUCUUCCCCUUCUAUAUCUGUGUUGUGGAAUGGGAAGAAGACGUCACCUUUCUUUCCUAAAAGAGGGCUUCGCCAAGGUGACUCCCUAUCACCGUAUCUCUUUAUGUUAUGUUUGGAAAAAUUAGGGGCAAUGAUUACGGGUGCAGUCCAGGAAGGAAGGUGGGAGCCAUUUAGAUUGCCACAUGGAGGGCCUUCUAUUUCCCUCUUAUUUUUUGCUGAUGAUAUUUUACUAUUUGUCCAGGCUAAGCCCUCCCAGGUGCGGUUUAUGGUUGGUUUGUUAGAGCGUUUCUCCGCAGUUUCAGGUUUGCAUUUUAAUCCUGAAAAAUCUAAAGGUCACGUAUCAGUUGGUGUACCACCUCAAGUAAAGCAUAGUAGAUAUUACUCAUAUUCGGUUAACGGGGAGGCACGUCAGUUUAUCUGGAGUGGGGAUGGUACACGUAAGCUCCACCUUGCACGCUGGGAUAUAGUUACGAGAGCACGACGGCAUGGUGGUCUAGGUGUCCGGAUUGCUCGUUUACAAAACAUAGCUCUUCUGGGAAAGUUAUUAUGGGAUGUGGGUCAUCGUGAGGACAAGAUAUGGGUGCAGUUCGUUCUAAAUAAAUACCCUGGUGCUACGUUACAACAUCGCCUAGAUGUGAAAGGUUCAAAUUUUUGGAGUGCUUUAGCCAAGACCUAUACUCAAUUGCAUGAUGGUUUUCAACUACAACUUGGGUGCCGGACACGUACGGUUCUGGUAUGUGAGGUAUUACAACAGGGGAAGUGGAACUUGGACAUUCUUCAUACCCCUAUCCCUGAUACUUUACGUCAACGUAUUGAAGGGCUUAGCAUGACCCUUCAUCAUUCCUUACCGGAUGUUUGGGUCUGGAACGGAGCACUGUCAGGGAGAUAUACGGCUUAUGAGGGGUAUAAGUGGCUAUUGGCACGGGAGGAUGGCAUCCAUGACUCGUCUGUGUUCCCUCGUUUGGUUCUACCACAAUGGGGUACAAUCAAUUGGUUCUUAUGGUUGAAGGCUAACAUUGACGAGUAUGGGGUCAUGCUUGAGAGGGUGGCUCGACAGGAGCGUCACGUUACAUGCUUACAGGCUAGCCAAGGGCAAGUCACGGUGCAUGUGGAUGGCAGUGCGCUUGGUAGCCCGGGUCCAGCGGGUUAUGGAGGUUUAUGUCGGGACAACUUUGGUCGUUGGCUUAUGGGUUUUUAUGGGGAUGCUGGAGUUGGGGACAAUCUCAAAGCGGAGUUAUUAGCUAUCCUACAUGGUAUGAAGUUAGCGUGGAGAGCUAACUUUCGCAAUAUACUUUAUGUUUCUGAUUCGUUACUGGCAGUCAAUUUGGUAUUGGGACCAUUGGAUGUGUUGCAUAAGUAUGCUCCUAUCAUUGCUCACAUUAAGGAGUUACUGCAACAAUCUUGGAGUGUUUAUGUUUGCCAUUCUCUUCGAGAAGGAAACCAAAGUGCAGAUUUUUUGUUGAAAUUAGAGCCAAAUUGUGGUAUUGACCUAGUAGUUUUGGAUACCAUGCCUGAGGGUUUACACUCGUUUGUGACGGCGGAUGCAGCUGGAACAGUGUUCCGUAAGAUGUAA